GACUGUAGUAGUCAUCCUCUCCAAGAGAGGCGCUCUUGAGCUGUAAACGUUACAGUGCAGUGGGUUCAUUCUCCCCCUAUAGCAGUUAGAAGUUUGGAAGGUUUUUUACUUGCCAAAAUGGCACUGGCAGACGACGGUAGUUACGAGUCAGUGAUCUGUGUAAAGCCAGAGGUUCAUGUGUACAAGAUCCCACCCCGUGCCACUAACCGUGGAUAUCGAGCUGCUGACUGGAAGCUGGAUGAGCCAGCAUGGACUGGCAGGAUGAAAAUUAUCUCCAUAGGAAAGCUUGCCUAUAUCAAGCUAGAGGACAAAAACUCAGGAGAGUUGUUUGCCCAAGCGCCAGUGGAGCAGUAUCCUGGAUGUGUGGUGGAGGCAGUCACAGAUUCCAGCAGAUACUUUGUGGUUCGGAUAGAGGACGGCAAUGGACGACAUGCAUUUAUCGGCCUGGGGUUUGCUGAUCGUGGGGACUCCUUUGACUUCAAUGUAGCUCUUCAAGAUCACUUCAAGUGGGUAAAACAGGAAGGUGAGCUGGCGAAAGAGGAAGCAUCUCAGAGCACAGCACCCAAACUGGACCUUGGCUUUAAAGACGGACAGACUAUCAAGAUCAGCAUUGGGAACAUAAAGAAGAAGGAUCCAGGUGCCAAGUCUAGGCCCAUGGGCAGUGGCCUUCUCCUUCCUCCACCAAUGGCUAAGGGUGCAGUCCUUGUAUCCCCUCCUGGAGGCCAGCAAUCACCUCCACCUACGCAGUCUAACACAGCCUCUCUUUUAGAUUUUGGAGGCCCGGUCCCUGCCGCCCUACCCACUGCAGACCUGUGGGGAGACUUCACAGCAGCUGGUGCCAGCUCCAGUCAAGACACUGCUAAAGGAUGGGUGCAGUUUUAGCUGUGAGAUGGACUACACACACAGGCUCCUAACAUUCCCUGGACAGAAUGAUUGUGAGAAAUUAAAUGUGGGGAGCUCAGUCAACUGACAGGUUGCUUGGCACAAAUGAUGCUCUACAUUACAUACUCAUUGUUUGCCUACACAAAUGUAUAGAUUCAAACUGUCACAAGUCAGUGAUUGACCAGCACGUCCUUUUUUAGAUACAAAGACAAUAUUACUAUUUUUAGAUACUUUAACUAUGCAGUCAGAAGUGACCCUUCAUGUUGUUUUGCUGAUCAAGUAUGUAUUAUUUUUCUGUCACUCUGACCACCUGAAAAUUAUGCAUUCCAUGUUAAUGACACCUUCAGGUGAUCUACUCAUCUCUAUGUCCCUCCCUCAAUUUCUCUCCAUUUUACACAAAUCUGGAUGUCAACCUUUCUCCUCAACUGUCAUCUGACCCUUCACCUUACACUACUCCUCGCUACAGCCCAGUACCAUCAUCUCGUUGAGUCAUCCAACAUGAUUAGGUGUAAAGUUUAGUAUUUGUAUGCCUUAUUUGUUGUUGAAUAGGGUGAAUAUUUUGUUUUUAUGUUCAAGUAUAACUUUUGUCACCCUUAUGAAGGACAGGUGUAUGUCUGUCAUUUUACAAGGUUGGGAGUUGUCUACUUCAAUGUUGCUUUCCAACCUCUUUCAAACUGUACUCUUGGCUUAAGAGAACGUAUAGUAUCUGUUCAUAUCAGUCCAUCUUGGGCAGCCAGAUCAAACCAAUGUCUAGUUUGGAUUUUGGUUAAUAUGUGGUGGUAGGUUGGAGAAAGGCAACAUUGACAAUGAUUUUAUUUGUUUACAUAGCAUAUCAUGUAUCUUUAGCUACCUUUCCUGGUCCUUUUUGUUGAGUGGCCUUUGUCAACCCAUACUUUACCCUAAUAGUGCCUUUCAGCGAUCGGACAGUUGGAUGUUUGAGCAAAUAUUUGUCACAAAUUAAAGCCAAAAGUGCCUUUUACGCAAAUCAAAAUCACCUGUAUAAAAUGUAAAGCAACACUAUUGUAAAUAAACCAUUUGUUGUUCAUUU